AUGGUUGAAAUUAAACAUAAAACGCUGCGUCGAGCAACUUGUUUUUGUUGUUUUCCAGUUUAUAAAAAGCGAACUUUUUGUUCCCCGUCAGGAUAUUUAAAUUCCCCGUGUCUGAUUAGAAUUGGGAAAGUGGAUUCCCAGCAUGUUGCUGUUCCUUUUCUCCAUUUCCCUAUGUUUUUCCUGGGUCUCUCCCGACACUAAUGCACUCACUAUGGUAUACACGGCAGUCUGUGGCAUUGAAAAAUUUCCUGCUUUCAGUGGUGUUGCAAUGAUCAAUGGAGUUGAAGUUGAUUAUUAUGACAGCAAUAUCCGUCGGAUGAUCCCCAGACAACAAUUCAUGGCAGAUUCAUUCAGUGAGGAAUUCUGGAAAAUGCUCACAGAUAUAGGGAAUUCACGAAUGGACACGGCGAUAGAGAAUCUGAAUUCAAUCAUGAAGAGCAUGAACCAGACAUCUGGAAUUCACACUCUCCAAUGGAUACGUUCUGUUGAGGUCAGUGAUGACGGCUUCAUGAGGAGAUCGAUGAGAUUUGGAUUUGAUGGAAAGGAUUUCAUUAGUUUAGAGCCAGACAGAAUGAGAUGGGUUGCAACCAAUCAUUUUGCAGUGAAGCUGAAGGAGAAAUGGGAUUCUGAUGAAUCCUGGAACAACUACUGGGAAAGAUAUUUGAUAGGUGUAUAUGUCCAACGUUUGAAGCAAUAUCUUGAAGCUGGAAAGGAAUAUUUCAAAAGGAAAGUUCAGCCUGAAGUGUUCAUCUCCAGAAGUGAGUCUAAUCAUCAGGACAAGCCGCUCACUCUCUCCUGCCUGGUCACCGGAUUUUAUCCUGUAGACAUCGAGGUGACCUGGCUAAGGAAUGGAGAGGUCGUGUCUGAGACACAAUCCUCGGGGAUUCGUCCGAACCAUGAUGGGACCCAUCAGAUCCAGAAAGAGAUUGAAAUCAGUGCUGGGGAUGAGGAUCAAUAUUCCUGUCAAAUUGAACACAUCAGCCUGGCAGAGGCCAAGCUCUAUCAGUGGGAAAUCCUUGAAAAUAGUGUGGAACAUUUCCAUCUUGCCAUUCUGAUUGGAUUAGUUACUGCAGUGUCUUCAAUAUUCGGAAUAAUCAUCUGGAAAAAGCCUUGGAGAGAUUCACCAACUGGGACCUACACAACAGCUCGCACUUCUGAUGUCUCCCUUCCAGCUCCUUCAUGAUUCAACACUGUUAAAACCUGUCGGACUAAUUUUACUCCUUUGCCCACCCUGAAGUGAUUGCAUUGUGUCUGUCCAUUCCUUACUUUGUGGGAUUCCUGGGCUCCACUGCAGGACAUUCCCGGAGCCUCAUUGAGGAAUGAAGGAAAUCUCCUGUUUCAGUGUGAACAUGGACAUCAUCGUCCAUCCUUCCAUAUCACCGCAGACAAACAGAUUUUUGGCUCAUUGUUCACACCCAGUCCUUUCAGGAUUGAGAUCGACUUUUUUUCUUGGGAAUGUAUUUCCACAGACUGAACAGUGGAUCCCGGAUUUGCAGGUAUGGAACCUCAUUCUUCAAGUGAGACCUUCUCAAGUCAUGAUUCAAUCCCAUCUCAGAAAUGUGAGCAGCUUCACUGUCAGAGGAAUCUUCACGGAUGAUUUCUCCCUCACACUUUCUCAUCUUCACUGUCUUCAGUGGUUCAAUCAUUUACCUGAAAUGAAGCAAUGUACUGAGGUAACUCAGAGACGGUUUUUAUAUUGUAGGAAACUGAAUGAUUUUGUACUUUUUAUCAACAAAUUCUAGUGGUCAUGGACAUAUCUGUGUAAAUUUUGCAACUGUCUAUUAUUAUGCUGAUGAAAAACACUUGCUAUUUGUUUGUUACUAUUUAACAUACGCUCUAUUAUAAGCUGAACAGCUGUGUUUUGAAUUUAAAGCAACCGCUGUGAACUCUUGUGUGAUGUAUAAAUUUUAUAACUCGGAUUUAUUUACAUUGACAAAUAUCUGUUACUGUUAUUCAUCAAUGUUUAACCACAAAUGCUGAUAACUGUGGUUUGCCAUUAAUAAAUAAUGGUUUAUGGUU